AUGUCAAGAGUCAAGGAUCUCCCAUGGCCCUCGCGAAUACCAGAUGAUGAAUAUGCCGAAAUAGCUGCUGGUAUUCCUGCUAAGGAUGAGCCGGUCAUUAACAAGUAUCUUGGUGGGAGAGAAGCACUUAUAGAUCAGGAGAAGCAGCAGCGCAGUGACUAUGCAUUUAAAUCCACCCUUUCACCUCUCGCCCAAGAAGCCUGCGACAUCGUCUCUCGCAUCCGUCUCGAAGAACAAGCGUCGAUCUGGACAUCGGAAUUCGAAAACCAUGUUGCGCAAGAAACGGGGAAGAAUAUAUAUCCAGGUAUGAUGUUUAGUCUGGCGAAGGAAAGAAUGGAACAGACGAAAUUAUGGCAGAUUGUGAAGAAGAUGCCUAAGGGUGCUCUUUUGCAUGCUCAUAUGGAUGCGAUGGUUGAUUACGCUUUCUUGUUUGAGGAGUUGUUGAAGACGAAGGGUAUGUGCAUUUUUUGUGAUAGAGCUUUGGAUUCGCCUGAGAGUAGAGAGGCGGGUCCGGUUAAGUUUAGAUGGAGAAAGAAGGGAGAUGGGGAUGGUGCAGAGAUUUGGAAGAAGGAGUAUAAACCGUUCAGUUUCGUGCCUUUGAAGGAUGCUGCAGAGGCUUUUCCUGGUAGUGGGCGAGAUGGAUUUUUGCGCUGGCUCAGGAGUCGGUGCACUAUUACUGAUACUGAGUCUAUUGAACAUCAUCACGGUGUUGAUGCAGUAUGGAGAAAGUUUAACUCGGUUUUCACGAUUCUCAACACGGUCAUCUUUUAUGAGCCUAUAUUUAGAGCUUUCAUGAGGAGAAUGAUGCAAUCUCUACUUGCUGAUGGCGUCAAAUGGGUAGAUUUACGACUGGCUUUCACUUUCUUUUACUAUAGUGAAGGACAGGAGAAAGCAGAUGAUACGUACAGCAAUAUGUUCAGAGCUUUCGGAGAGGAGAUUGAAAAGUUUAAGGCAUCAGAAGAGGGCAAAGGUUUCUGGGGCGCGAGGAUGAUUUGGACUGGUCUUCGAGUUUUGGAUACAAGAAAGAUUGUGGAAGAUAUGGACGCUUGCUUGACCAUCAAGAUGACUUACCCUGAGCUCGUAUCUGGCUAUGAUCUUGUCGGCCAAGAAGAUGCAGGAAGACCACUGAAAGAUCUACUUCCCGAACUUUUCUGGUUCAGGAAACAGUGCGCCCAAGAAGGAGUGGAGAUUCCAUUUUUCUUCCAUGCUGGGGAGUGUCUUGGUGAUGGUAGCGAUACAGAUGAAAAUCUUUUCGACGCCGUCCUACUCGGAACUCGUCGAAUCGGUCAUGGGUUUUCCUUAUACAAGCAUCCUCUAUUGAUUGAUUUCGUUAAGGAAAAGAAGAUCCUUGUAGAGAGCUGUCCAAUCUCAAACGAAGUUCUGCGUCUUUGCGCUUCCAUCAUGUCGCAUCCUCUUCCAGCACUUCUCGCUCGAGGAGUUUCCUGCUCUCUCUGUAAUGACGACCCGUCAAUUCUCGGUCAGGAUGUUAAUGGUAUGACGCAUGAUUUUUGGCAAGCUCUGCAAGGUUGGGAUAAUCUUGGGCUUGCUGGUUUGGGUUCGUUGGCCGAGAAUAGUGUAAGAUGGGCUGCAUUCGAGGAUCAAAACAAUGCCAAAUGGUUGGAGGAUGUUAAGGAUGCUUCAAUAGGAAAUGGUGUGAGAGCGAAGAGGUUGCAAGAAUGGAGUGUGGAGUGGGAACAAUUUUGCUUGUGGAUAGUGACGGAGUUUGGGGAUGAUGAGGAUAGUGCGAAGAUAAUUAGAGAAGAUGGAGACGGUCCUCUGGCUGCUCAGGAUUAA